AAAGCCGGUGCAGGUGGGCUGGUGAUGCUACAGUUAUCGAGCACAUUGGGCCAGAGGAACAUUCACCAGACGACACCUACGGACACACCUGAGAUUCACCUGCACAGAAAUGGAGGACGACGUCGCUGCCCUCGUUGUUGACAACGGCUCCGGUAUGUGCAAGGCCGGGUUCGCCGGAGACGACGCCCCCCGCGCAGUCUUCCCCUCCAUCGUCGGCCGCCCCAGACACCAGGGUGUGAUGGUGGGCAUGGGGCAGAAGGACAGCUACGUGGGAGACGAGGCCCAGAGCAAGAGAGGCAUCCUGACCCUGAAGUAUCCCAUCGAGCACGGCAUCGUCACCAACUGGGACGACAUGGAGAAGAUCUGGCAUCACACCUUCUACAAUGAGCUGCGCGUGGCCCCUGAGGAGCACCCGGUGCUGCUGACUGAGGCCCCCCUCAACCCCAAGGCCAACAGGGAGAAGAUGACACAGAUCAUGUUUGAGACCUUCAACUGUCCUGCCAUGUAUGUGGCCAUCCAGGCCGUCCUGUCUCUGUAUGCCUCCGGCCGUACCACAGGUAUCGUGAUGGACUCUGGUGACGGUGUGAGCCACACUGUGCCCAUCUACGAGGGCUACGCGCUGCCUCACGCCAUCCUCCGUCUGGACCUGGCUGGUAGAGAUCUGACCGACUACCUGAUGAAGAUCCUGACUGAGAGAGGCUACAGCUUCACCACCACCGCCGAGCGUGAGAUUGUACGUGACAUCAAGGAGAAGCUCUGCUAUGUGGCUCUGGACUUUGAGCAGGAGAUGCAGACAGCAGCUUCCUCUUCCUCCCUGGAGAAGAGCUACGAGCUUCCUGACGGACAGGUCAUCACCAUUGGCAACGAGCGGUUCCGCUGCCCCGAGGCGCUCUUCCAGCCUUCAUUUCUCGGAAUGGAGUCAGCUGGCGUGCAUGAGACAACCUACAACAGCAUCAUGAAGUGUGACGUGGACAUCCGUAAGGACCUGUAUGCCAACACGGUGCUGUCCGGCGGCACCACCAUGUACCCCGGCAUCGCCGACCGCAUGCAGAAGGAGAUCACGGCCCUGGCCCCCCCAACCAUGAAGAUCAAGAUCAUCGCCCCCCCAGAGAGGAAGUACUCUGUCUGGAUCGGUGGUUCCAUCCUGGCCUCCCUCUCCACUUUCCAGCAGAUGUGGAUCAGCAAGCAGGAGUACGACGAGUCCGGCCCCGCCAUCGUCCACCGCAAGUGCUUCUAGAAGCUCAGUCCUCCUGUUUCACCUGCUCAUCCAGCUAGAGGUCCUGGGUUAUCAUGUGCAGACUAAGGAGUCGGUGACCUUUAGCAUUUUCAGCUGAGUAGAACUCGGCGCCACCUACAAACACUUCUGAAUGUGUUGGUGUAAAUUCUGCUCACGGCUUCAGUAUUGUCAGUGCACACCUGUUUGUUCCUGUCUUUCUACCUCUCAACAACCUGAUGCAAUAAGUUGCACAUCACUGUUCAGCUUCUGUUUCUCUGUAUUGACACUCCAAUAAAAUGCCAGUGCUUGUUUACAGCUGCUCUAAUGGG